AUGCUCUAUGGAAUUAUUCUGCUGGUAUUGCUGGAGUGGAAGCUGGGUCUGUUGCGCUCCCUGCUUACGGUGGUACUCCACACGGUGGAGCGUUACUCGGCGCCAACCAUCACGGUAUCCUUGCCGAGGACAAAGUUUGAUGUGGCGCCAGCCGCGAACCCCCUCACACCCCGAUCAGGGCCCCCAGGUACAAUACAGUGCUAUGAUAAGGGCACGAAUACACAGAUUGGUCUUGUAACCGUCACGACUCCAGACGAGGUGCGUGCGGCGGUCUCUCGGGCCCGAAUCGCCCAAAAGUCCUGGGCAAAGACGUCCUUUUCAACAAGACGAAAGUUGCUUUUUAGUUUGAUGGAUUACGUCUUGCAGCACCAGAGCUUUAUUUGUGAAACUGCCUGCGUGGAGUGUGGAAAAACUAUGAUAGACGGUUCACUUGGUGAAAUGCUCACCACUCUGGAGAAGCUUCGCUGGACGGCGGCGUAUGGAGAGGAUGUCUUAGCUGAAGAGGUACGAGACGUAGGCCUCAUGACGUUUCACAAGCGCGCCGCCGUGAAUUACGUUCCUUUUGGUGUUAUUGGGGCCAUUGUGUCGUGGAAUUAUCCCUUCCAUAAUAUUUAUGGGCCAAUGAUAUCCGCAUUAUUUGCUGGCAACGCAUUUGUGGGAAAGGUAUCUGAAUACUCUUCCUACUACGCGGCAUAUUAUCAGUCUAUUGUGAGGGAAGGCUUGAAGAAUUUGGGUCAGUCUCCGGAUCUUGUGACGUUUGUCACGGGGUUUGCGGAAACGGGGGAGACGCUUGUUAGUUCCGUAGAUAAGCUCACAUUUAUUGGCUCCCCCGCCAUUGGGAAACUCGUUAUGCGCAACGCCUCAGCGACACUUACUCCUGUUGUAUUAGAACUUGGCGGCAAGGAUCCUGCGGUGGUGUGUGACGAUGUGGACUUGGAUCAGGUGGUUCCUAUCAUUUUGCGUGGCACGUACCAAAACUGCGGUCAAAAUUGCGUUGGACUGGAACGUGUUAUUGUGCAGGAGUCCAUUCACGAUUGCCUAGUUGAAAGGCUGGAAAAGGCUGUCAAGACACUAACGCAAGGUCCGGCCUCGCAGGGAUUGUAUGACAUGGGAGCUAUGACAAUGGGAGAGGCCUCUCUACAGAAAAUUCAGAAGCUUGUCGACGAUACCGUCGCAGCAGGUGCCACUCUUGUUUGUGGUGGUAAACCCAGCAAUGGUUUUUUCCCACCAACCAUCCUGAAGAACGUCACACCUACGAUGCCUAUUGCGAGGGAAGAAGUCUUUGGGCCUGUGCUUGUCGUGAUGAAGUUUAAAACCGACGAGGAUGCAGUGAAAAUGGUCAACGCAUGUGAGUAUGGUCUGGGCUCGAGUGUCUUUUCAGAGGACAUCAAGCGUGCGAGACGGAUUGCAGACCAACUAAGGUCAGGAAUGACGAACAUCAACGACUUUGGCAUUAAUUACCUUUGUCAGUCGUUGCCCUUUGGCGGGGUAGGAGUCAGUGGAUUUGAUCGAUUUGCCGGCAGAGAAGGUCUUCGUGGCAAUUGCGUUGUGCGGGCCUCAACGACAGACCGCAUCCCCGGUGUGAAGACGGUCAUACCGCUCAUUCUACAAUACCCAAUCACGGAUGCCGCUUUUACCUUUAUGGAAUCCCUAUCGCAAGUUAUAUACGGGCCGAUGCUGUCUUCUAUGAAGGCAUUGAUUAAACUCUUCUCUAUUAAACCUGAAACCUCGAAGAAGUACUAA